AUGUCUAAACGAAAAGGACGAGGAAGUGCUGGAAUAAGUAGCUGGGAAAGCGCCUUGCAAUCUACUGCAUUUGAAGAUGAUGAAUGGAAAGCUAGUGUUGUUUGGAUCGUACCUAAUCAUAUUAUAUCAAAUAUAUUUGUAGAUGCACUAGUGGAUGCUGUGCAAACUGGAACCAGAAAACGAUUCACUACCAUCACCAAGGAAGACAUUUUCAAAGAUGUUGAAGAAUUGGGUAAUCCGAAGAACCGAAAAAUAAAAGAGGUUCCUGCGUUUGUUGAAAUAUGUGAAUCUGUCAAAGCCAUAUUAGAUACAGGCGAGCCAAUCCCAGUACCACUAUUAGCAAAGUUGAUCAAGUUCAAGUUGCUGUGGCUGAAGUCUAUUAACCAGCAGAAGAAAGAGCAUAAACAAGAAGUAGAUGUCAAAGGAAGUGCUAAGGAUAAGUCUCGAAAAUCAAAGAGUGCAGGAGGCAAAAAGGGGGACAAGAAAACACCUGAACCGCUAAUGAAGAAGGAAACCAAGUUGAAAAAACGAGGCGAGGAGGAUGAAGAAUCGAAAUACAUCAACGACGAACCGCUAGAUGGACCAGAUAUUUAUGUUCUCAUCAGCGGCUUCUACGAUGCAGGUAUAAUCUCAUCCGUCGUUGACGUCGGUGUGAAAAUAUCUGCGGUCAUCAGAUUUCAGGUGGAGAAAGACUGUGCCGAUGAAGAUGAACUAAUUUCAAAAUUCUGGUCGGACCUUGGCGGUAUUCUACAGCAGGCAUCUGAUUCUUCAUUCCUACAAGAACUUGCAGUGCUAACGUGCAAAGCUAGUGUAGAUCAUAAUGACAGGGGCGAAGACAACACAGAUGAGAGGAAAGCACUGGGUGCCUCUCUCUUUGAUACUGUCGCAGAACAACUGUACGAACUUCUGACAUGGAAACAGCAGUACAUUAACUACAAGAGUCAUACUCAAGUCAUACAUGUGCCUGUUAUUGCCAGAGAUGAAUCCAGCAGCGACGUUGACAUGAGUUAUUACCAGUCCAUGAUGAACUCCUUGCCAGCAGAGCAAGUCUCUGUUCCCUCUAUUCUACACUGCAUUGUCGAGCAAGUUGUUGCUACGGAAGAAGGAAAGAGUUUUUCUACAUUGAAGGAUAGCAGUACUGAGCAACAGGAAGAAUUGGACGUGCUUAAAGAUAAGCUUGGCAUGAUUGAACACAGAGAUAUGGACAGUUCAAGCGCGAAGGAAAAUCAUCACACACCAGUAGUGGUAACAUAUGGUGAUCACAUUGCUCAUAAUGACUGCACAGUAGAGGCUCGCGACGAGAAAGAAAUCUCUCUUCUAUCGGCCAAGGAAACAGAAUGGAGCAUGAUAUCCCACAGUGUCUUCACAAAGCUUUUACAGAAACUCGAAGAGAUGCAGCCCCAUGCCAUUUCGAAAGAGCGUGAGGCACGGCUUCACCAGUUGCUGCACUUCUGCAAGAACUCUGUGCAUUCUGAUGCACAUGUUGAUUUCGUCCUUCAAAACUUCAUCCUGGAGAGCAUGUCGCUAGCAUUCGCUAACCGUAAUGGGUGCAUCUGCCCCGCUGACUCGGUCCCCAUCGCCUGGGACGAUCCUUACACUACACCGCUUCAAACGGAUAGCAUUUCUGCACGCGCGUAUUCCCAACAGCCAGCCUCCACUGGACAGAAUUCCCGCUCGGAAGUAGAAUUUUGGGAGACUUUGCCUCCUAGUUCUCAGAACAAAGACAUGCAAUCGGGAUUGAACGCUGGCGCGGAGACCACUGCUUCUUCCUCACAAUCUAGUCAGCAAGAGGGCACAUUCAGUAAUGCUGCUGUGUCUGACAGUGACAGCCAAUACGAGUCCAAGUCUGUAUCGGAGUCGACGGGUGCGGCCAGCAAGCAUCAAGAUCGGCUGUCGAGCAUUGUUGAUCAAGAUAGCAGGUCAUCCACCCUAUCAGCCGCGAAGCUUUCCUCCAUGAGUGACAGUUACGAGCAAGCGAGCACGCCCAGCACGAUGAACGUGUUGACCUGCGCGUCACCAACCGCCUCGCAGCAGAUUGUGAGCGCGAAUGCAAGCACGACCAGCAUACUGAAGAAGAACACAUCUCAGGCCGGCCUGCGCCUGACGAGCAGCACCGUUCGCUUCGAGGACGGACCCGACGUGAAGAGAGACCUGUCGGAGUUCUGUUACGUCGACCUGCUCGAGAAGCGGGCGCUGCUUCAGGUUCUGAGCGCGGCGAGAGACAAGGUGUCGCACUGCGACGCCUACUGGCAGAGGCGCGACAACUCCCUGCUCCUCGCUCUGCACAGUCCCCACAACAAAAAUCUGCAGAGCUUCGCUGACUGGUCGUACAAGGUUCACUCCGACGUCGGCUUCAGAAACUACUUGGAAUGCUUCGCGGAAGAUCUAACGGAGUGGACGGCGGCUGAAGAUGAGAAGUAUGAAGCCAGGUUGGCUGUGGAGGAGGAGGAAGUGAGGAAGGCAAAACUUGUGGAGGUGGAGGGUAACUCGACCCCCUCGGCUCUGAUUCCGUCCGAACCGACGACCGUUGACGCUUCGUUCGUUAGAGCCGGUUCCCUAAAAGGUUUGAAAUUGGAGCAGGAGAAGGCAAAGCAAGAAGAAGAAGGCAGGAGAAGCAGUGGGAAGCAUGGAACAAAAGCGUCUCCAGCCCGCAAAGGAAGCAAAACAAAGGCUGCUGCAAAAGAUGAUAAGAAGCACACCGCAACCCGUGCGAGCGUGAUAUCAAUCACUAGCAAUAAGGCGGCCGAAGCGCCGAAAGUGCAUGCACCAGCGGGAACAUCGGACAACGAAUUUCCAUUCUAUGGUUACGACCUCGGCAACAAAUUCUUCUGCGGCGGAGGGACAACACGGGCCGCGUUCCCCUGCGAUGGCAGUGUAAUUGAGGUAAAGACGACGUCGUUGCAAGAGCACGUGCCAAACACGUUGCUCUCCGUGAGGAAGCGCGAUACGGCCUUGCAUCUGCACAAUAAGGAGAGCGGUGCAAGGUCAUUCACCGCUCGGCUAGCCGACGGUAUGUGUCUGACCUUCAGCCUGCUUAAUAGUGAGGUGACCGGUGCUUUGGUGGAUGGGACAGAGUCAGCAAAGCUAGCAUCACCGGUGAUGGAGAAUCAGCCAGAUGAGGAUGGCCCCGAAACGCCGUGCUUGUCUUCGUGUUUUGCGUCACAGAAGGCACUGUCCUUGCAGCUGUGCUGUCCUACCGGAAUGUGUGUGCAGUACAUCUCAAUCACUGACGCACCAGGCACCUCAGAGGUGUUCACACGAUUGUCCUACAGAACGGAAAAUGACAAAACGAAAUGCUGUCGCUACAUCCUACAUGAUGGCACUGUUGUGCUCUUCCAGCCAGAUGGUAAACUGCACGUGAUGCACAGUGAUGGGUCUGUAAGCAGGUGCGACGUGGACAGCGCUGAUGGUGAUGCGUCGCUGCGAUGGGACGUGACGGCUAGCGACGGCACGCGUUACACGACCGCUGCCGGCACGUGUGAAGAGGGCGCUAGCGAGCCCAUCUACUCGUCCGUCGCAGUUGACCCUAGCAGCAAGGAGGUCCUCAUCGUGAGACACGAUGAGUGUUGGGCUCAUAGAUGGGAGAAAUGCAGAAACUCAAUUAUCUUCUCUCUUGCAAUGAACUGCUCUCGAACUCCAGAGAAAUCUGUGCGUGGGUGUGUAUCUUCAGUUGGUCUGCAUUAUUACUUCCUGCUUUUAAAAGUACCUUGGGUUAAUGUUCGCACGCAGGUAGUCGUGGUGAGGAGGCCCGAUGAUUCCCGCACCGUGCAACACUGCGAUGGCACUCGCAUCACAACGACCUUCCAUCCUAAGAACGAUGGAAAGCUAGCUAGAGAAGUGAAAGUGGAAAGCCCAGGUUUUGCUACUGUCUGCUGUUUCCCUGAUGAACACAAGCUUACUACAGUGUUUGGAAAUGGAGAUAUGAUCACCAUUACUCAGGAGGGCAACUACGAUGUCAGUGCUACAAAUGGGGAGCAUUUGCUGCUAGCACCAUCUGGCGAGCUACAGUAUUCUGCAGAAGAAAAUGCUUGUCGUGACACGGGCAGUCACUAUGAGUUCUCACUCAACGGUGACACCUGCUUCAACAUGAAAGAUGCAAACGGCAGCAUUUUCAAGGUGUUCGCCAAUGGAGAAGUGGAUGUUCAGCCAGGAAAGAAUGCUCACUUGUCUACGGACCAGGUGCCUCGCUACUUUUUUGUCCGUACAGAUGGGAAUGGAGGUGAAUUGCUACAGGAGAAGGAUCUAAGUAGUUACUUAGCUGAGGCGAGAGCUGACCCAGCCACCGCUGUCAUCGAAUCUGCACUUUCUAAGUCGCCAAAAAUUACAGGUCUAUCCAUCUUGAAGCCUUGCCUGCCAAUCAGAUGGGAUAGACCAUACGAUGUGUCUGACAUUGUCCCCAAGGGCUUGAAAUCCCGCGACUUCUCUGAGCCUCUGAGACCGACCGAGGUCAAGCGGAAGGUCAGAUUUGGCGCGGAUGUCGGCAGAGGUCUCAGCGUCGGUGAUGCGCCAUCCCGCGCGCCCGCCACCGCCCCGGUCGCCAUCCCGCGCAUCCUAGAGAUCAGAAACCUUCUGCGAUACGCGCCGAUGACAGCCGAGCUGCGAGACGCGAUGAUCGCCGGCCUGAGGAGAUACCAGGAGGAGCGUGCGGAGAGAGGCGGCGUGUCUCGCGCGAGGCGCACGCGAGACCCUCGCUCAGACGAAGAGCGGCUUCGCGCCGCUGACCUGCUCGGCGUCUUCCGCCGCGCUGCCGCCGCGCCGCGCGACGAUGAGCGGACGCUCGCCGACUACGUGGCGACCCUGACCCCGCCGUCGACCCCUGCGGCGGCGCCCCCGCGCCCGAAGCUCACCGCCGAGCACUGGGAGCGGCUGUGGGAGGAGGUCGCGUGCGAGCAGGCGCACCGGCUGGCGCUGCGCGACCGCGACGUGCCGCCGUACUUCCGCAGCGAGCUCGGCCAGGCGUUUCUCGUCGCCGCCGACGACGGCGCCGGCUCGACGGACAGCGGCAGCGUUCCCGGCAGCAUGUGCAGCACGCCGGCGCCUGACCGGCUUCCACGACCCGCCAACCCGACCCCGUGCCACGCCGCCGCACGCGACCUCGCGACCCCGCUGUCGCCCGCGAAGCUGCGGCGAUCGCCGUCGCCGCGGAAACACGCGAGGCCGUCUCCGGGGGGUCGACUCGGGCGCAGCCCGCCGCCGCCGCUGCGGUCGAAGCUGCGUGGGUUUCAGCUGGUGCCGUCGGUCGUGGACUUUGGCACGGUGGGAGCGGGUGGGAGGUAAGCGCGCUCUGUCCUGCUGCGUAAUGUAGGCGUCGAGCCGUCGCGCUUCAAGGUGAGGCAGCCGGCGCCAUCUAGCGGCGUCGUCGUGCGCUCGACACCGGGCCUCGUCGCCGCGGGAAUGUCGACGCAGCUAGACGUGCAGCUGUCCACGGAGAGCGACGCGCGGGGUCGCGUGGAAGAGCCGGUUGUCAUAGUAACCGAGGUGGAAGAGUUGACGCUGAUGGUGCAUGCUUGCGUUGCGUUGGGGAUGGGUGGUGUGGUGGAGGAACCUGCUGCUCAGGAGUGAGAAUCGAUUAGUGCGAGCUCUCGUCGGUCGAUUCUGUACUCAAACGAGCCUAGUGUGUGACACGUUCUAAAGCAAGGAGGUAUUCAGCGCAUAUUUAUUCCUUGUGGCAAUGAAGUUCUCGUACUUCUAUAUUUACUUCUCAUUUAUGUAUAUCGACACAGUGCUAUUUUUCACAAUCUUUUAACUAUUAUUACGCCAUCCUUGCCAGAUACUGCACUAAAACUUCACAGAAAGUUCAAACACGUCUUUGUAUUACCAUGAACACAUGUACCAUGAACAGGGUGCAUAUGUUCAUGGUACUACUCAUAUAGUAUGCAAGUCAAAAUGAAUUGUAUAGUACCUUUGUAUAGUAAAUAUAUGUUAUUGAUUA